AUGAUGUUUCGACGCCAUGGCAGCAGUCUGAUCUAUUCACCGAAUUUCCAACGAUUAUAUACAGCUCGUUUUCUACCUUUAUUUUUACAUUUAGUACUUUUAGUACUUAUCUUUGUUUACAGUGAUGAUUUAGUACAGAAUAAUUGUAAGAACGAUUAUGCUAGUGCGUCGAAUGGAUAUGUUUGGGCGUAUGCAUGGACAGGUACAUCACUUGGUUUAGUGUUUAUUGAAAUGGUUUUAGCACUAUCAGGUUUCUCAAUUUUCCGAUAUUAUGCCAUAUUUUUCUCAAUUGUAUUACAUUCAGCAGCAUGCGUACUUUUAAGCGCAUAUUUUAUGUCGGAUAUAAGUAUAUGUACAGGUUCACCAUAUUUACUAUUUUUCUGUACUUUAUUACCAUUGAUUAUUGAAUCGAUUAGUUGGAUCGAAUUAUUUGCAUUCAACAAAAAAUUGUGA